AUGGCGGCGGAGCUCACCAAGCAACACGGAAAGACCCGGUUCGACAUCGCCGAGCCUGACCUGAAGGCUCUCACGGAGACUGUCAACACGUUGAGCACGAGCGUGAGCGACGCGCAGAAGCAGGGAUCCGCCGUCGUAGAUGACGAGAUCGCCGAACUGCUGGCAGAACUCAACAUCGAGCCUGGACAGCCGCUCGGGGGGCAAGCGGUGAGCGCAAUUCAGGGAUGGGCUACCAUCGAGGACGAUGCUGAGGUGGUAGGGGCUCUUCGGCUGGACGCGGCGGACAACAUGGCGGCAUUGCUAGCUGGAGCGCGCAUUUCUUCCGGCUGCGAUGAGGAAGAUGAAACGGAAGAUGGCGGUGGCGGUGAGAACACGGGGCGCGAGCGCCGUGCUCCACCGGCUUAUAGUGAGCUGUCACCUCACUUCGGCGUCCUGGAAUCGGCAGCAGAUGAGAGUGGCAAUGGAGACGCGGCGUUCCAUCUGCAGAAAGCAAAAAUGGCGAUGAUCGCAGCGCAUGCCGCUAAGCGGGUGACUGCUAUAGUGCAGGGCGAGACGGCCGCGGAGGGUGAAGACAAGUUUUUCUUCAACACGGUGGCGUUCACAACCCCAGGGAAGCACAAGGCAAGCUGCGUCGUCACAGUGCAGAACCCGAGCACGAUCAACACGGCGGCGGCAAGGACAUCCGUCCCCGAGCAUGCGACCGCCGCCGCCGCUGGUGGCCAUGGCGGCGUGGCGACAUCCGAUUCCACCACCUCGUACUCUGCCGUCGCCGCCACCACCAGCACCGCCGGCGAGAUCUUCGAGUACGAGUUCGCGGUGACGGUCAAGUACGUGCGCCGAGAGAUCCGGGCCCUGACGGAUCGAGACAGGGAGACUUUUUUCAACGCGGUGUCCGUGCUGCAGCGGGUGCCGAGCGCCGUCGGCCGUGCGGUGUACGGCGACAAGUACUACAGCAAGGACUACUUCAACCGGAUGCACCUGUACUACGGCGGAGCCCGGGACUGCGACCACUGGCACGAGGGCGCAGGCUUCGUGACCGCGCACAUCGCCAUCACUCUCAUGUACGAGCAGACGUUGCAGGCGGUGAACCCGUCCAUCGCGCUGCCCUACUGGGACAUGACGAUCGAGGGGACCUACUACGACUGGAACGACUUCCACACGAGCUCGGUCUUCUCAGACGAUUGGUUCGGCGAUGCAGCCCCUGGAAACACUGCUAGAACGCUGACCCAGGGGAGGUUCGCGUACGUCCCCGUCAUGACCAACGCCCGCGAGUACUCCGCGCAGUACAACUCCUACGGGCUGCUUCGGUCUGCGUGGAACAACGACCGCAACCCCUUCCUCACUCGCCAUGACCACCAGCUGGGCAUGAUGAACAACAAGAAGCCUUCGGGCUGCCGGCGCUACCGCGACGCCUACGUCGCCGACGACUGGAUGAAGCUCACGGAAGCCUUCAAUGGCGGCGCUCACGGCAACAUCCACGGGCUGUUGGGCGGGACGUGGUCUCCCGAGGCGGACGAGUACGCCGCGGUCACGCCGUACAUCGUCAUCCCCUUCGUUCACCACGCGUACAUCGCGCAGAAGAUCAUGUGGCGGGAGAACGCCAUCGAGUGCCCAGAGAGCUGCACAUUCGAUCAGGGUUGGAAAGACUGCCAGUGCCAAUGCAGCCAGUCACUCAUGGAAGGGAGGACAGCGGCCGAGUUCCUGGAGUUGGGCGAUGUCAUUGCGACGGGAUAUUUCUACGAUGCGGACUACCAAUUAGUCCUCGAGCUGGCUGACUCGGAUGGGCACUACUACGAAGAGAUUCCCAGCUACUCCGCCGAGGAGUCCACGGCGAUUUACGAGGGGCUGAAAGACGCGCUGUGCAUCCCGACAAAAGUCGGCAGCCAUUUCGAAGCCACGAGCACCAACGACGUGACCUUCUGGGUGCUCCACCCUACCUUCGACAGACUCUGGCACCUCUCGCUCCUGGAACAAAACCCGGGCUUCAACGAGACUUGGAUAUCGGACUCCACCUGUGUCGGCCAUAACGCGGACGACGUCCAGCCCUUCCACGAUCUGUUCCUGGAAGAGCACGAGGGGGAGCCUGACGUGGUCGGGUCGGCGGGGGGCGAAAGUGUGGGUCCCCUGAAGGGACACUACACAAACGCGGAGCUGUACGACCUGCUUCACCCGGCGGGAAUGCAACUUCCGUACGUGUACGACAACUUCGCGUGGCCACACUGCGACGCCCAAGGAGUUUUCAUCAACUGACGAAUUAUGAGGUGACCCUGAUGGUUUUCGGGCUUGACCGGAGUUUGUCGCCGAUGGCGGCGUUUGGCGUCGCAACGGACUUUCUUGGUUGUUGGGACUUCUAUACAAGUCGGCGUACAAUGUCGAGUACUGCUGCUGCUUUUGUCCGUUGGUGCUGCUCACUUUAUGCAUACAGCGUACCCGGUUAGGCAGCAUCCACCGCUACUCAAUGCCGCAGGGAGCUUCACGCGCCCUGUCGUGGGUAAGGGCGAGCCGUGAGCUACUUCGUUGCCAGCAAGUCUGUCCGCUUGACUGUAUCAAACAAUCACUCACGGGCGUGCAGUUCAGGCGGAACGCUUGUGUCCAAGUCGACGAGGGACCCGGUUCGGUCAUCUCUGAUGACCAAACUUGAGUGAAGGCGAUGGCGGCGGCAUGCGAGUAACGUUGCGUCGACAGCCAUGUUUCGUUCGCUCCCAACGCUGGGUAGCAUGCAUGUAGGCAACAAUGAUCUUUACCGGGGAAAGUAUUAAUGGUACCGGAGGGGGUUAAAGAAGACCGGCGGUGCGUGCGACCGGGAAAGGAGGCAUGGUUGAUGCAGCAGGGGGAGUUAAAAGCGCUUGAUCCGUCUUCGAGAGGUGUGUUGUGCCAUCGCGGCAUGAUGCUUGCAGAGACGGGAGUACUGAGAGCCCACCCACCGGGCUGCCAGCGAGCCCUUGUCUGCGUAGUGUACAUGUUGCCUUUCGUUGUGCCGUAUGCCUGUGUAGGUGGGGAAGGAUGGGGUGUGUGUGCUCGUACAUGCACUUGGUCUGCAUCCUGAACAGUGGGCGGAUGAAAGGGAAGCCGUCGAAUGGAUUUGAUUGGAUAGGGUGUUUCGUUUUCAAGCGCUUCGGCGGCGCUCUCAUGGUGAAUGCCCAGUAGGGGGCACCGGAAACUGUUCGAGGUAGGCAUCGUCUGUAUUCUACUCCGAAUGUAUUUGGGAAGAGAGGCAACCGUCUUUCGACAGAGGUUGGCACGGUUGUUGGUCCCGUUCAGUAGUGAGGACGAUUUAUCGAUUGUCAUGCAGUACGUGGUCUAGACGCCGCGCAGGCAUGAUGUCUCACGUCCGUCUCGAUCAGUGUCUCUAACUUUCCAUUAUUUCCUCUUUGUGAUUUGUAUUCAAUGCAUGCAUUAGAGCAGCGUUCAAGGUAAAUUGUUCAGGUAUCAAGUCGUCCGUCGGUAUAGGACACACACACAUGGUUUUUCGGUUAAUAAGGUGUCCUACGGCCGGCGAAGUGUCCGCAAGGUUGAUACCCCUCCUUGUGUCGUACAUUCAAGUCAUCCUAAUCGGGGGAGUGUCCUGACAAAGAGUGUCCAAAACUGAGGGAUGACUGGAGUGUUGACCUUGAAAUACGUUUUUUCCAUUCUAAAUGCAUGUUGUACGGCGCUGUGCACGUUUGAUUGUGGAGGUGAUUCCUUAUGUUUCCGAGGUUUUUGCUCCGUCUUUCACAUUUCUGGGCGUGCGUACGUGCGUGCAACCCCAUCGGUCAGGGUGCCCUUGCUGCUUCGGUCGGGAAACGGUCGUGUGAAUGACUGGGAUUAAUUCUAGCCCUUCCUCCCCCUGCGUACACUUCUGUUUGUGUGGGGGCUUGAUGUUUCCCCCUACAAUUCUUUGUCUUGGGUGUUGGUGGUGUGUUUUCGCAAGAAAAUACGGUUGCUUCCGAUCUCUUGCCCAGUGAUGCCGUCAUCCACACGGGCCCGACCGAUGCGAAUGCCUGUCGUCGUUACAAAAGGGCAACUAGUCUACACAAGAGAAGGCCAUACACCAUCGGUGCAAUUCUAAAAUCAAGGGGAACCAGAGCAUAUAAACGUAAUUGCG